GCUACAGAAUACCGAUAGAAAGCGAAAAUUAAUAUUUUACACAUGCUCCAUGGGCGGAAUGGCAGUCAUUGCAUACGCAAUUAAAUAUCCAGAUGAUUUUGACGCAUUUGCGGCAAUGGCACCUCUUAUUUAUGUGGAGGAAGAAAGUCGACCUAGCAAAUUUGUUGAAACGGUAGCAAACGUCUUAAACAAAACUCCUUUGGGAAGUAUGCCGACGGUCGGAGCGAAUCGCGGAAAGAAUAGCAGCGACCCGAGUGUAGAAGAGGUUGUUUAUCGAACAUAA